UCGUGCAGGAAGCUGAAGACAGUGCCGGCUGCCUCCCUCCAUCUCCGUCCAGACACUUCUGGUGUGCUGGCCAACUCUUGUUCAUCCUGUCCAAUCACCAUGAUGUCACCAAUGUAAUUGAUCAGUGUGAUGUUCUAUGGGAUGUCCAGGUGAUCCAGAUCUCUUCAGAUUAUAUUAUGACAGAGGGCAGGAUGUUCACAGGGAACCAGAACCCAGAAGACCAAACCCCAGAGGAGCAGGCUUUCUAUGAGUUUAUUUUUAAGCUCUUCAAAGAGAAUAAGGUGGAGAUCGCGAGUGCAAUAAAUAAGCCAUUUCCUCUCCUUAUGGGCCUCCGAGACCGUGGCUUUAUCCCCGAGCACAAGUAUCAACAUUUUCAAGAAGCUUGUAGAAAUCAUGUCCCAGUGGAAAGAGUGGUCUAUGAUGUGCUCAGUGAACUGGAGAAGACAUUUGACAAGACAGUUCUGGAUGCACUGUUCAGCAAUCUUAACCUAAAGGCCUAUCCUGACUUACUUGAGAUUUGCAGAAGCUUCCAAAAUGAGUCCUGUGAACCCUCACCUCUCCGAAUGAAUAGUGUCAGAACACUGGAAGAGACACCCAGCUUACUGCCUUAUGAGGGACCAGUUUCCUGUGAGCACAAAGCUCUCCAAAGGACGAAUGGAGGCGAUUUUGAAGAGAUACCCGAACGGCCACCAGGCGAUGGGGGAGUGUCCUGUGAACAGGUAGUUCUACAAAGGGAUGACAGAGAAGAAUCAGAAGAAAUGCCCAGAUUACUACCUUAUGAUAGAGAAGUGACCUGUGAUCCCAGAGUUUCCCCAGUGACUAAUGAAGGAGAACUAAAGGAGAUACCCGGCCUACCAACAGAAGAGGGACAAGAGCACAGCAAUGCCUACUGGGAGACCAGUGAUGGAGAAGAGCCUCAGGAAGCCUUGAGCUCCCCACCAACAUGUGGGCAAGGGUCCUGUGAUCCUGAAGCUCCCCAAAUGAUCAGUGAAGAAGAACCAGAGGAGGGGCUCAGGCAACUGCUAUGUAAUGCAGAAGCAGAAGGUAGCAGUGCCUGUUUAGAAAUGUGUGAUGAAGAAGAACCCCAGGAAGACUUGAGCUUGCCACCAGAAAGUGGAUCAGUAUCUGGCGAACUAGAAACUCUCCAAAUGAAUAGAGAGGAAGAAUCAGAAGAGCUUAUUUCCAGCCUACUACCCUAUGAUGGACAAGGAGCUGAGCUACCAGCAUAUGGAAAUAAGAAGUGUUCCUGUGUUAUGUGCUUCUCAAAAGAUGUGCCAGAAGGUCCAGAAGCAAGUACUGCAAGUAGCCAAGCACGUGACAUGAUGGAUACUGUGGAUCUUGGAAACAACUCUUCUUCAGGAAAACUCAAGAGGAAGAGAAGAAAAAAGAAAGGCCAUGCCUGGACAAGAAUUAAAAGGAGAUAUCAGGGAAACAUACAUCAAAAAGACAGAAGCAAUAUCGCUGGUCAGUCGGUCUCCGGUAGGAGAAAGGGGAAAAUGCAUUUGCAAGAACGUGCCAAGAUCAGGGGGAAAAAGAGAGGCAGACCUCUUACUUACUUAACUCAUAGUGAUAGAGCCCCACGGAAAAGAUUCCAGUCAAGAGGGUCAAGAAAGCACAGAGAUGAUAGUGUGAAUUUUCACUCUCAAAUACUUCCUGUGACCUGUGGUAAGGUGAAGGGGAUGUUAUAUAAGAAGAGACUGAAACGAGGAGCUUUGGUGAGGUGUAUACAGAGUGAGGAUGGAAAAUGGUUCACCCCCAGGGAAUUUGAAGUCAAAGGAGGCCACGCAAGAUCAAAGAACUGGAAGCUGAGUGUGCGCUGCGGUGGGAGGACCCUACGAUGGCUGAUAGAGAAAGGACUUCUACAUAAUCCUCCGAGAAAAUAUUUCAGGAAAAGAAAGAGAAUACCAAAGUCUCACAACAAUACCUUAGUUGACCCUUAUCUGGGGAACUCCGAUGUGUGUGAGACGUGCCGGGAUGGAGGACAGCUGUUCUGCUGUGAUACUUGUUCGAGAUCUUUUCAUGAGGACUGUCACAUCCCACCUGUGGAAACUGAGAGGAGCCCAUGGAGUUGCACCUUCUGCAGGAUAGAGUCUUUUGGAAGGCAGCAGUGUCACAGGGAAUCUGAGGUCCUGGAGAGGCAGAUGCAGCCUGAGGAGCAGUUGAAAUGUGAGUUCCUCCUCUUGAAGGUCUAUUGCCAUUCAGAGAGCUCCUUUUUUUCAAAGAUUCCAUAUUAUUAUUAUAUUAGAGAGGUUUUUCAAAACCUAAAGGAACCCAUGUGGUUGGACAAAAUCAAGAAGAAGCUGAAUAAACAGGGUUAUCGCCAAGUGGAGGGGUUUGUGCGGGACAUGCGCCUCAUAUUUCAGAACCACAGGGUGUCUUAUAAGUACCAUGACUUUGGCCUAAUGGGACUCAGACUGGAGGCAGAAUUCGAGAGGAAAUUCAAGGAAGUGUUUGCUAUUGAAGAAACAAAUGAGAGCAGUUCACUGGCAUAG